AUGGAAGUUCUUAAGAAUGCAAAGACACUGGCUACGAUAUCCAGUUACUAUGGGAACUAUAUUGAGUCAUAUUGAUUGUGAUCCUUAAUUUGUAAGAAGACAAGACAUAUUCUACACCAAGAAAAUUUGAUAUUUCAUCAGUCAUCCGACAAGAACAGAAGUAUGAACUUUGUAACCGCUAACUUUAAUAAUGUAGCAUGAAAGUUUUUAUUGAAAGGAGGGAAGUAUCGAUACUUGAACCUGAUGAUUGAGAUAUGAAAUUCAUUACAAUUAAAUGAAUUGGAUUACUUUCUACAAUCAGUCCAGUAUCCUCAGGAUAUUCAUUUCCAUUAUCUUAAGUUUACAGAUUGAUGGUAUCAGAAUAUCUAUCAGUAUAAUGAAAUAUGAGCAUUUUUCACUAGGAAUGAUCUGGAACUUCCUAAUAUUAUCAACAAGAAAAUUCCAAAUGCGAGCGUAAUUGAUGCUAAGAUUGAGUUUGUAGAUCACCCUCAAACAAUCCAUGAGACCAAUACCUCAAGUUAUUUCAAGAAUAUUCAAUACAACUCUCGAGGAAUGGAGGUCUACAGCAAUGCAAACAUAAAAGCAAAAAUACAUGAGUUUGAUGUGAGGGGCAUCCUAGACCUCAACAGGUUCGUCGAGUGCUGGAGUUUAGAAUCUAAGAAAGCUAUCAGAAAACUAUUGAUAGUUCUCAACUGAGAAAUAACUUGUAAUAGUAAAGUUAUAGUCUCAAUACUGCUAAAACUCCAGAGAUCAUUGCAUAAAUCUGCUAAAAUAGAAUUUUAUUUGUUUGAUAAAUCAGUGGAAAGGAUCGCUCCUUUCAUAGCAAUUGCAGAUAAAUGCAACUUAUCUGUCAUAUAUAAUGGAAACAACAAAAAUGAUGAAUCGAUCGCAUUGAGGAAACCGAAACUGAUUUUCAAAACUAAUAGCAUAAACUUUGCUUGUUGAAGAUCAAAGAAGGUUAUCAUAAGAAAGAGUAAGAGGAAUAACAAAAUUAUUCAUCAGAUGGUGCCUUGGGAACCUUCGAUGAAUAAUAUAAACGCUAAGGAACUCCAGAUUCAUAACAUGUCUAAGCCAAUAGCUCUCCCUAGACAUGAGCAGAUGUUUUAUAAGACAUUAUACAAGCAAAAUGAAUUCUCAGAUACAUGAAUAAUUAUCAACUGAGAUACUUUUGAAAGAAGUAGAGCAUACAAAAAGAAGUAUGAAGAAGAAAUGAAGAACAAUAUAUACCCAGAGUUAGAGCAUCGGCUCGAGAAGUUUCAGAUAAAAUUUAAAGAUACUAAAAAUUCUUUUAAGGAUACUAUUGAAGAAACUGUCAUUAAAAGAUCAACAACAUUUCCUGUUGAUCAGGUGUGAAGCAACUUGAAAUUCCAAAUACUGACAGCAUUAGAGGGAUGACCUGACUACCUCACAUUUAAAUUUUCUAGAAGAGUCGAUUGAAUAGAACAGCUUAGAAAUUCUGAGCAAUUACUUGAGAAUAUUGUGAAGAGCCUCUUCACUAGAUCAAAGCUUAAAAGAGUUACAUUCUCAUUUGAUUACUUUCGAAAUGAUUCAGUAAUAGAUAUAGCAACACAUCCACUACAAAGGGAGAUAUUUAAAAGCUAUUUCAGAAAAAUCUUAUCUUACGAAGAAAUCAAUGAAGUAGUGGAUCUAGCUAACUCAGGGUAUUACCUACUUUAUAAUGAAGAAGAUUAAUCACAUUUAAUCAGAAGAAUUGGC